CACACCGAUCGUAAGUCGUCAGUCGCGCGCGACACUCAUCGCCGUUUGAACGACCGUUCAGGACCGCGUGUUCCAGGUGUCUGUAAUUCUUGCACGUAUUCUCGCGAACUUUUCUCAAAGAAAAUACUACAUAUAUUACCGAUAGUUUCGCCUCGUCGACGAGAAAAAAAAAACUAUCGUACAUCCCUUUCGGCGAUAAAAAUAAUAAAAGAAAAAAGAAGAACCAAGAGUAAACAUAAUUUAAGUGCAGAACAGCCAACGUCUGGACGUUAAGGAUGACUACGCUCGAGGAUGCAUUGGAGAACACGUGCAAGGCGAACGAUAUCGGGAGGAGGCAAGCGAUUCCUGUGAUUUACGCAAGAGGAACGCAUUACGACAUUGGUUUCGAUAUCGGGCGCACGUUUUCCACUUUGAUACAGAACUAUGUGAACAUAUAUCGACCUCUGAACGAGACGUAUCUGCCGUUGUACGAGACCGAAGCCGGCAAAAAUGUCUACGAAGAAACACUCAGCUGCGUGGAAAAACAGUUUCCCGGGUACCUAAGGGAAAUCCAAGGAACGGCCGACGGAGCGAACGUUCCGUUCUAUAAGUUGUUCCUAAUGCACCUCGAUGACAUCAUGGUGAACGCAGCAGAGAACAGCGGUGUCCAACCGACGAACGACUUGCCGGUCGGUUGUUCAACCGUCAUGUGCAAUCAGCCAGGACAGGAAAUUUUAGGGCACAACGAGGACGCGCUCAGCGAGACAUUGAACCAUUGGUACUUGGUGUCCGCGCACGUGCUCGAGCCGGGGUGCAAGGAGGAAAAGUUCACGUCCUUGAGCUACGCUGGAUUUUUACCCGGCUACACGAUGGGCUACAACUGUCAUGGCCUUGUUUAUACUAUCAACACGCUGAGCGCCGCGAGCUUGAGAUCCGGUAAAACACCCAGGUACUUUUUAAGUCGUGCACUUUUGACGGCGGACAAUUACGCGCAAGCGCAACAGAUUUUAAGGAACGACGGUUUUGGCGCGGCCGAAGGAUUUUCGGUGAACAUGACCUUUUUAAUGGAGGAAGGAGAGAGACUGUUUCACAAUAUCGAGAUCGGUCCCUGCGAAAACGACGCGACGCAGUCCCGAUUGAACAUUCUUACUGUCGGUCCCGGUGAAAACGCCUUCCAUUGCAACAAGUAUCUCCGACUGGAAAUACCAGAAGUCGAGGGUCUUAUUAUAGAUAGCAGCGUCAGGCGAAUGGAAAUGAUUUGUAAGCAUCCUGUUCCAAAAUCUCGCCAAGACGUUCAAAAUAUUCUGAGCGAUCAAACCGAUGAUCAAUACAGGGUUUACCAGGAAAUUAAUAAAGAUGACCACGUGAAGACUAUUGCCACCGGUAUCUUCGAUUGCAUCGAAAAGACCUGGUCCGUUUAUACGGACAAACCAAACUGUACAGAGCCGAUUUUGGUAAUCCCUUUGCAGAUGCACGACCACUACCAAACGUUCAAUUCUACAAUGUAAAAUCAACUGUAAUAUUGUUUGUUCGUUAAAUUGUUUCGUGAUUACGUGUAGUAACUUUCGGCUCCCUGAACCGAUCGAAAUAUUACAAAUAGACGACGACGCGCGUGCUCUGUUAGUUGCGUCUGUCUCUCUAGAAUAGUUUAUCUUCAUCGAUAAUCGUAUAUCGAUUAUGUACACACAUAUGUAUAUAUAUAUUAUACAUAAACAUGUAUGCGAACAUA